AUGCUGCAAAAGAUCGGCAGGGUGGAGCGUUUGGCAGAAGGAGGAGGUGAGGCCUCCUCUUUCGUACAGUGGCAGAAGAAUAUGCGAGAGAGGGACCUUCAGGAGGAGCUGGCCAAGCUUGAGCAAAGGCGUCUGGAGGGACUCAUCAGUCACAAGGAGGCAGCCAUUGCCCGAAUAAACAUCAUGGAAAGCAACCAGAAGGCCGCUCAGCUCAAGAAAGAAGAGACAGCUCAGCUGAUGAGGGAAUAUGCUGAGAAGAGGUUGCAGGAAGAGGAAGAACUGAGGGACUUGGUACAACAAGUGGCAGAAGGACACAAGAACUCAAAAAUGGCCAAAGAGAAGUUACAGCAAUUCAAGCAAAGUAUAGUGAGAGAAGUCUCAGGGCAAAGUCAAGCACUCCUUCGACAAGCACUGGAGGAAGCACAGGCAGAACUGAGCAGGAAGUUUCAAACCAUCCUUGAAAUCCAUGCCAUUGAGUCACUUCCUCACAUCCGAAUGAAAUAUUUUGACGACACAAAGACUGCAGGACAUGAACUGAUGGGAGAGAUGUCCAUGAUUGAGCUGAAGUUGCGACUGGCCCACCUGAAGGAAGUCCAGCAAACAGAGCAGCGGGAGAAACAUGAGCACAUCCUGGAGGAGAAGCAGAAAAAGAAGAAGCUGGAUUUGGAAUCGGAGAUCGAGUACCUCCGCGAGAGAGUAAUGGCACAGGCUGAAACCACCAGGGAAAAGGAGAGGAAGGCCACCCUGGAUCUUCAGCAGAAAGUUGCUCAAGAAAAGAGAGUUUUGGCUGAGCGGAAGAAGCUCGAGGAAGAGCAGCGAAGACUAGAGCAAAUCAAGAGCAGCAAGGCCAAAACCGCUGAACAAACAACAAGAAAAACCGUGACGGCGGAGGAGAAGUGUGAGUUGAUGAAAAAGAAUUUAGAGCAGUUGAUCCAGAGGGCCUUUUAACUUUCAGACUCGGGCGAUCAUCAGUACCGGCUGCCAG